AUGACCCAGUUCGUCCCCAGUGGCGUGAUCGAGAAGGCGGCACUUCACGACAUGAUAUAUGCAGCAUGUCCGCAGUGCUUUACAUCAAUGACUUUGCAAAUGGGAUCGAGGAAACGACCAGAUUUCGAGCUCUUGCAAGUUCGAUGCUCGUCUUGUGGCCGAAUGAGUCGCCGAGAUGAGUUGCAGUUCAAGUACCGACUGAAGCUGCAGCUGCAGUACGGCUCAACGAUUGCCGACGCGAUCAUGUUCGACGAAGCGACGGAAGCUCUGCUUGGCGUUCCCGCUUGGCGGAUGAAACGGGAGCUUCUCUGGAAGUAUCCGGCGCUGCCUCAAGUGCUCGAACAACUGGUGGUUGGACUGCGCGUGUCCUUUUCUUUUCAGCAGCCACCUCCGAAACGGAAUGCCAAACAGGGGCACUUUACGCGCGACCUCAAGAUCAUACAGAUCGAGCCGCUCAUUCCUCAGCUUCUGCCAAAGCCAGCAGCGAUACUUGCCCUCAAGUUGCUGCAACAGAGAUGCUGA